CAUGCACAUUUGCAAUUCAAUGUCAUACACAUUCAUACAUUAUCUGUCGAAAAAUGAGUUUUAUCGUAUAUAAUCAUGACCGUAUUACACUUGUGAACAAUUAAGUAUGAUUAAGCAUUUCGCGUUAAUUCAGAAGAACAAAUAAGUAUACGGUAUUUGUUUCGCAAAUAUUUGCCCCGGUAUAAACUUAUAUGUAUAUAUUUUUAUUCUACUGUCGACAAUUUGCUUUUGCUUCUGUCGGUUCAGUUUCAGCGUACAAUACUUAGUUGUAAAUAAUUAAAAAUAUAACGGAUUGAUAUAUUUACUUAUUAUGACAAUUUGUUGUGCAAACUAUCUCUGAGCUUUUAAGUUAAACCGUGAACUACAAAUGGACGAAUUUUGUGGAUCUAAGUUUUGGGAUGACGACCUCAGCUGGAAUACCUUAGACCCAGAACUGACCAAAUGUUUCGAGAAAACCGCCCUUGUUUGGGUGCCCUGCAUCUUCCUGUGGGCCUUAUCACCCUUAGACGUCUAUUUCAUCCUGAACAGCAAAAACAGGGAUAUACCAUGGAACUGGAGGAACUUGGCGAAAAUUGUUUUAACCGGUGCGCUAGUUAUAGUGACUCUAACAGAUAUAGUGACGACUUUCACAUGGGCUAGUUGCAAUGACAGUACAGUGUAUAGUGUAGAUGUGAUUUCGCCUUUAGUGAAACUGUUCACAUUCGCUUUUUCAGCCGUUUUUGUAUACUACAACCGCAAAUAUGGCAUACGAACCUCCGGACUCCAGUUCCUAUUCUGGUUACUCCUGCUUAUAUGCGCUAUACCGCAACUCCGAACAGAAAUCAGGGAGGCCCAAGAGACAGCUGAUAAAAGAAGCUACAAUCUCAUCAGUUACACUUUAUACUUCACUCUUGUGGGUUGUAUAACAUUGUUGAGCGCUCUGGCUGAUGAACCACCGAGGGAAACGAAACAUAGAAUAUCAAAGAAACCAUGUCCAGAACAAGGCGCUGGUGCGCUUUCUCGUAUUUUGUACACUUGGUUCGAUCCAAUGGCAUGGAAGGGAUAUCGAAACCCGUUGGUAAUUGAAGAUCUAUGGGAUCUCAACCCAGAGGAUUCGGCUAAAGAAGUAGUGCCACUUUUCGAAAAACAUUGGCAUGCAUCUUUGGAAAAGAGCGGCAGAUAUUUACCGGUACCAAAUGGCAAUGAUGCAAAGUUCAAUGGAAAAUUUGAGAAUGUAGAUUUUGUGCCGGAUAAAAAACCAAAAAAACGGGUAUCUGUUUUUCCAGCUAUAAUAAAGUCCUUUGGCCUUCACUUCGUAGCUGGAUCCAUUCUCAAGGCGUUAGGAGAUCUUCUGACAUUCAUUAAUCCAAAGAUACUAGCUCUCCUGAUUAUAUUCGUGCAGCAGGGCCAAGAACCAUGGAAGGGUUUCAUGUAUGCUGGUCUCAUGUUUGCGACGAAUUCCUUGCUAACAUUCUUCAAUGUGUCCCAUAUGAAAGUCAUCGCCACCGUUGGUAUGAAGAUGCGAACAGUGCUGAUAUCAGCAGUGUACAAGAAAGCGCUGAGGAUAUCUGUCAACGCGAGAAAAGAAAAAACUGUCGGUGAGAUUGUCAAUUUGAUGGCAGUCGAUUCAUCAAGGAUCAGCAUGAUGACGAUCUUCAUUAACAUGGUCUGGUCUGCACCCCUACAAAUUUGUCUUUCGUUGUACUUCUUGUGGCAGGAACUCGGCCCUUCAGUCCUUUCUGGGCUGGCACUAAUGAUCUUGUUAAUUCCACUGAAUGGAUACAUUGCGAAUAAGGUGAAGACCAUGCAGGGGAAGCAAAUGAAGAACAAAGAUGAACGAGUCAAACUAAUGAAUGAGAUACUCAACGGCAUCAAGGUUUUGAAGUUAUAUGCAUGGGAAGGAAGCAUGGAAGAUAUUAUUCAUCCUGUAAGACAAAAAGAAAUUAAAACCUUAAGACAAUCAGCGUACUUGAAUGCAGCUACGUCUUUCAUAUGGACAGGUGCUCCCUUUUUAGUGUCCCUCGUCACGUUUGCAACGUAUGCCUGUGUGAAUACACACGAAGUACUAGACGCGCAAAAAGCUUAUGUCUCAAUAUCACUUUUUAAUAUAAUAAGGGGACCACUGAAUAUGUUGCCCAUGGUGAUCUCGAAUUAUAUACAGGCUACUAUAGCAUUAAAACGAAUCAAUGAUUUCUUGAAUGCUGAAGAGCUGGAUCCAAAUAAUGUGACGCAUGAACCAAAUAAAGAAACGCCAGUGGUUAUAGAAAAUGGUACAUUUUCGUGGGGCGAGGACCCUAUACUGAGAGACAUAAACAUCAAAUGUGAGAGAAAUUCAUUGGGUGCCAUCGUUGGGGCUGUAGGAUCUGGGAAGUCCAGUCUGAUAUCUGCUUGUUUGGGGGAAAUGUAUAAGUUGUCAGGGCGCGUUAAUACUGAUGGAUCUAUCGCAUAUGUUUCUCAACAGGCUUGGAUUCAAAAUGCAACACUCAAAGAUAACAUUCUUUUCGGCCAGCCAUACGAUAAAUAUAAAUAUGAAAAGGUAGUUGACGCAUGCGCUUUACGAUCGGAUUUCAUGAUGCUACAAGCUGGAGACGCAACUGAAAUCGGUGAAAAGGGAAUCAAUUUAUCAGGAGGACAGAAACAAAGGAUCAGUCUGGCACGAGCAGUUUAUAGCAAUGCGGAUAUCUACCUAUUAGAUGACCCACUGAGUGCAGUUGACAGCCAUGUCGGAAAACACAUUUUUGAAAAUGUCAUCGGGCCUAAAGGACUGCUAAGCCACAAGACAAGGGUUCUUGUUACGCAUGGAAUAACCUACCUUCCACAAACAGACAAGGUGAUUGUUCUUAAAGAUGGAAAAGUUUCAGAAUCUGGAACGUAUCUAGAACUUCUGAAUGGGAAAGGAGCAUUUGCAGAAUUUUUAUUGCAGCAUUUGAAUGAAGAGAUUGACGAUGAAACAGAAUUAGACGAGAUCACUGAUCAGUUAAACGACACCGCAAUAGGCGAAGAGGUCAGAAGAAUAAGUAGAAGCAGACUACGCGUGUCCGAAUCAAUAUCCGAAUCAGCAUCUGAAAGGACAGGAAAUGGCUUGUAUCAGCGUCAAAUAUCGGUAGCUAGUCAAAAAAAGUAUCAGGAGCAUAAACAAGAUGGUAAAGUCAACCGAAUCACUAGGAAAGGAAUCUGCCAAAGUGAAAAAGGGGAAGCUGAUCGAAGCCGAAAAAGCAGAAACAGGAAACGUGAAAUGGGAGGUAUAUAAACACUACAUUGCAUCAAUCGGAGUAUGGUUAAUGCUAUCUGUCUUACUCCUGAACAUAACGUACCAAGCCUUCAGCGUGGGUUCAAACGUAUGGGUAGGAAUUUGGGCUGACGAUAACGAUACUAUGAUCAACGGGACAGUGAACACGGCGAAGAGGGAUAUGUAUUUGGCUGUAUAUGGUGUUCUGGGCAUUGGACAAGCCUUCUCAACGAUGCUAAGCAACCUCCUUUUCGCCAAGGGCACCAUCAGAGCAGCGGUAAAGAUUCACAGGCAGCUCCUGCACAAUGUGAUGCGGGUACCGUGCGCAUUUUUCGACAUCACACCCGUUGGCAGGGUGCUAGGAAGGUUCUCUCAGGAUAUCAACGGGAUUGAUCUGAGGCUACCGAAUGCCUUCCAGAUGCUGAUGAGCACCAUUGUUAGGGUAUGUGGUACCUUGUUCGUGAUUAGCUUCUCGACCCCACUGUUCAUAGCUGUGAUAAUCCCUGUAGCGAUUCUUUACAUAUGGAUUCAGAGAGUAUACGUAGCUACCUCUCGGCAGGUGAUGAGACUGUCGUCUGUCACCGCCUCACCUAUAUACUCGCACUUCGGGGAAACGCUUAGUGGAGCUCAAUGCAUAAGAGCCUAUAAAAAGCAAGAGGUUUUCAUCGAAGAUUCAGAAAACAAAGUGGAUCUUAACCAAAUAUGUCAGUACCCCACUAUUAUAUCGUCUAGAUGGUUAUCGCUCAGAUUGGAGACUAUAGGAAACUUAAUUAUCUUCUUCGCUGCUCUAUUUGCGGUAUUAGAAAGAGAAAAGGAACCGGCUUUAGUCGGUUUGUCUGUUUCGUAUGCUUUGCAGAUAACUCAAACGUUGAACUGGCUUGUAAGAAUGUCAUCUGAUGCAGAAACUAAUAUCGUAUCGAUGGAACGUAUCAAAGAGUACGUUGAAAUGGAACAAGAGGCUGAAUGGGAAAUACCCGGCAAGAAUCCACCAGCUGACUGGCCACAGAGUGGGGUUGUAGAUUUCCAAAAGUAUUCAGUGAGAUACAGACCAGGGUUGGAGCUGGUUUUGAAAAGUUUGACUGUACAUAUCGAUGGAGGCGAAAAAGUUGGUAUAGUAGGCAGAACUGGAGCAGGAAAGUCCAGUUUGACGUUGGCACUGUUCAGGAUAAUCGAGGCAGCUGAAGGUAAAAUUCUCAUCGAUGGUGUGGACAUAUCCGAACUGGGCCUGCACACGUUGAGAUCCCGUCUGACUAUCAUUCCACAAGAACCAGUAUUGCUCUCAGGAAGCCUUCGCUUGAAUCUUGACCCCUUCCAGAAACAUACUGACAAAGAGUUGUGGGAAACUCUGGAGAAUUGUCACUUGAAACAGUUUGUAAAGAGUCAACCAGCUGGGCUGCAUUUCGAAAUAACAGAAGGUGGUGACAACUUAUCAGUAGGUCAACGCCAACUUCUUUGCCUAGGCAGAUCACUCCUCCGUAAGACAAAAGUGCUCGUUCUAGACGAAGCCACGGCAGCCGUGGAUCUGGAAACCGACGACCUGAUCCAGAGGACGAUCAGAGAAGCUUUCAAAGAUUGUACGAUUCUCACAAUAGCUCAUAGGCUGAAUACGAUCAUGGAUUCCGAUAAGAUAUUAGUGCUCGAUAAGGGGCUAAUUGCAGAAUUCGACUCGCCUAAGAAUUUGCUCGAGGAUGAGAAUACGAUAUUUUAUGGAAUGUGUAAAGAUGCCGGAUUAGUGUGAUUUUCUAAUACGUUCGUAUUGGAUACGGUCCGGGAUCAAAUUCACAAUUUGUCAAAUUGCUAAUUGAGACAUAAAUGCAACAUCAUAGGGUAAAAAGCAUUUACCCUUCAUUCAAGUUAGAUGAGAUCCCGAACUAAUAGAAUUAGAAGCUGUGCUGAUGUGUCCAAUAAGUUAUUAUUUUAUGUAUUGUGUGAUUAGUAUUUGUAAGUGAUUCAAAAAAUAUAAAGUGCGUGACCGAUUGUCCAAAAAGGUAUAAAUAUAAGACAGAGUUGAAAUGCUAGUGUCAAAUUUCGUGCUAUCAGGUCAAACCUCGAAUUAAUCGCAUGAUGAGGUUAGUUGAAUGAAUUACAAGGUGUAAUUUAGGACAAAAUCAAUAAAAUGUUUUCAAAUUGUGCA